GGCAGGUAAUGGCAAACGUAGAGGCGUCGCAAGUCGGUCAUGCAAAGCAAAGAAACCUUUGUACGAAACAUCGACAUCCAUCCAUAAUGUUUGAUGUCUGCAUCCCUUUGAGACCAACCCGGGCACGCUUGUUUCUCCGUCAGCCAACCAUUUGAAAAGAUUGGCCCCAUUCGGCGGUGAUACUUGACGCACGCUCAUCAUGGCCAAGCAGCACACUUCGCUGCCCAUGCAAUCGCAUGUGGUUGACGAGAAGCACGACCACAUACACGGCAAUGCCUCGUUGCGAUCGCCGACGUCCGUCGCGCACGGCAGCGACAAUGGAGGCGCCGGCGUCUUGCCUGGAGGUAGCCUGAACAAGAAGCAGGAGACGAAGGUUCACCCGGUCGUCAUCAUCGCCCUAUGGAUCUCGCUGUCGAUGAGCGUCAUCAUCUACAAUGCGUGGAUUCUCAAAGACAAGGGCUUGGGGUUCAACUACCCUAUCUUCCUCACCACCUUCCACAUGGCUUUUUCGACAGUUGGCACCAGGCUGCUCGCGCGGUAUACACACCUGCUUGAUGGCCUUGCAAACGUAGAGAUGACCAAGGACCGAUGGAUCAAGAGCAUCCUGCCCAUCGGCUUCCUCUUCUCGGCCUCGCUUGCACUCUCUAACUAUGCCUACCUCUUCCUGUCCGUCGCAUAUAUUCAGAUGGUCAAGGCCUUCACACCUGUCGCAGUAUUGCUCAUUUCAAUUUUCUUUGGUCUGAAGCAAGCCAACCCGACGCUGCUCGGCAUCGUCUUUGCAAUCUCAUGCGGCGUGGCCCUGGCGUCCUACGGCGAACUGGACUUCCAGAUGUUUGGCUUUAUUCUGCAAGUCCUUGCGAUCCUUUUCGAGUCCUCGCGACUCGUCAUGAUCCAGGUCCUCCUCCAAGGCCUGAAGAUGGACCCGCUUGUGUCGCUGUACUACUUUGCACCUGUCUGCGCCGCCAUGCUCGCCAUCGCGCUGCCGAUCAUCGAAGGCCUGGAGCCAUUCCUCCAGCUCGGCAAAGUAGGCCCGAUCGUUCUGCUCACCAACGCAAGUUGCGCGUUCUGCCUGAACAUUGCUUCCGUCUUCCUCAUCGGAGCUGCUAGCUCGCUCGUCCUCACGCUCGCCGGCGUCGUCAAGGAUAUCUUGCUCAUCUUUGGCAGUAUGUUCCUCCUCGGCAGCGUCGUCACCGGCCCGCAGUAUCUCGGAUACGCAAUUGCGCUCGCCGGUCUGGUCGCUUUUAAGCUGCACAAGAGCUAGAUACAUGCUCAUGCGCUGCUGCCAUCUUUGCAGGGAUAGUGCGGAGGGGUGGGUGUGACGGGCAGGCAGGCAGAGAGCCCAGAAUGCAUUCGAAGUGCAUAGUAGAGGGAAGGGAGGAUGCGAAGGUUAGGCUGGAGCAGCGGGCUGACUGCUCGACAAGACGAAAAGGACAAUUUAUGACAUUUCUUCAAGCUGGUCCCCACUGCAGUCGAAGCGACACGCUUCCUCGUCCCAACCCAGUUACUCAAUCGGCCUCUCACAGGGCCCUUUCUGGUCUCCUUACUUGCACUCGCUCGUUGCUUUGUAUUAGCAAUCUGAUAGACAGUUUUGUUGCUUU